GAUAUGUAUUUAAGGAAGUUUCGAAGCAAGAACCAAUGGACACAACCAUCAUAUAUGACCUAAUAAUACUUACUCCCAUCAUGAAUAAUUAAGACCCAAAAAUCAAUAUCAGCACACCACACAACAUAUCUAUUAGAUUCACCUAUAAAUAAUCUCAUCCAACCAUUACUAUUUUUCAAAUUAAUAAAUUAAUUAAUAAAAAUGGAGAUGGGAAACAAGAAUAGCAACAACAACAACAGAGGAGGAGGAAGAACAGACAAGUACAGAGGAAUACGACGUCGUCCGUGGGGAAAAUAUGCUGCAGAGAUUCGUGACCCAUCAAGGAAUGGUGCUCGUUUAUGGCUUGGAACAUUUGAAACUGCAGAGGAAGCUGCACGUGCUUAUGAUCGUGCUGCUUUUGCUUUUAGGGGCCAUUUAGCAAUUUUGAACUUUCCCAAUGAGUUUCAACACCAACAACAUCAUACUACUACUUCAAAUAAUCCUCAACAACAACCUCAAACUUGUUCUUCUUCUUCUUCUUCUUUGGUUUCCAAUAAUGGUGUUAUUGAGUUUGAGUAUUUGGAUGAUAAGUUGUUGGAGGAUUUACUUGAUUGUCAAAAUGCUACAAACCAUGGAAAUAAUAAUUAGUUGUGGUCCUAAUAAUUAAUAAUAAGAUUUUAUUGAA